AUGAACAAGACAUUAAGGUUCUUCUGCAAAACCCUUAAUCCCGAGACCAAAGUCUCAACUUGUACACAACCCAUUUUAGCAAUCCAAAUACUCUUGGUGGGUCUCUGUUAUUCCAUUGUCUCUGCAUCUUGUUCACUAUCUAACCACAAGCCACCACCACUUCCCAUUUUGCCCCUACCCAAUGCGUUCCAGCUACAAUGGCAACAGGGAAACAUGGCCCUCUUCUUCCAUUUCGGAAUGAACACCUUCACCGACGCAGAGUGGGGUUCCGGCGACCUGGACCCCACCACCUUCAACCCCACCAAUUUCAAUGCCUCUCAGUGGAUCAGUGUUGCAAAAAAAUCUGGCUUUUCUCGAGUAAUCUUAACUGCAAAACACCACGAUGGUUUCUGUUUGUGGCCCUCUGAUUACACCAAUUAUACGGUGCGUUCCAGCAACUGGAGGAACGGUAAAGCCGAUGUUGUUUCCGACCUCGCCGCCGCCGCCAAGGACGCCGGCGUUGGCCUCGGGAUUUACCUUUCGCCGUGGGAUCGGCACGAACCUUCGUACGGUGACACUCUGCGGUAUAACGAGUUCUACUUGGGCCAAAUGACUGAGCUACUCACAAGGUAUGGAGAGAUAAAGGACGUUUUUCUGGAUGGUGCAAAAGGAGAAGGGGAGAAGGACAUGAAAUAUCUCUUUGAAAGUUGGUUUUCUCUGAUUCACCAGCUUCAACCAGGGGCCACUAUUUAUUCUGAUUCGGGUCCUGACAUAAGGUGGGUUGGUAACGAACAUGGUGUUGGUGGCUCCACUUGUUGGUCUCCUUUCAACAGGACUGUUAUUGAAAUUGGUAGCGUUGACAAUGAUCCCCAAUACCAAAAACAAGGAGACCCAGUUGGUCCUGAUUGGGUACCUGCUCUGUGUGAUGUCUCUAUCAGACCUGGUUGGUUUUGGCAUGCUUCUGAAUUUCCAAAGUCUGCAAGGAAACUACUUGACAUAUACUAUAAAUCAGUUGGUCGAAACUGCAAGCUUUUAUUGAAUGUUCCCCCAAACUCCUCAGGUCUUAUUUCAGCUGAGGAUAUCCAAGCGCUUCUAGAAUUCAGCCAACUUCGGAGCUCCAUAUUUUCCCACAAUUUGGCCAUAAAUGCUCUUCUUAAUGCCAGCAGCACAAGAGGUGGAAUCCAAGAUCCUCACUUUAGUCCCUACAAUGUUCUUGAAGAAGGUUUAUACACUUAUUGGGCUCCUGAGGAGAACCAAUCUAUGUGGAUAUUGUACAUAAAUCUCCAACAAGUGGUAUCCUUUAAUGUUCUACAAUUACAAGAGCCUAUUCACAUGGGACAAAGGGUGAUUGAGUUUUACCUUGAGGCUUUGUGCGAAGAUGGUGUAUGGAAGAGAAUUACAAAUGGAACCACAAUUGGAUAUCAGAGAUUGUUGCUGUUUCAGAAACUAAAAUCUCAGCAUUUGAAGCUAGUUGUUGAUAAGUCACGGGCAGACCCAUUGAUAUCAUACUUGGGAAUCUACAUGGAUCCAUUUACCAUUUUUAGCGAAAUACCUGAUGAAAAUUCGGAAGCCUAUUUCAAUGGAAGUCAAAUUCUUCGCAGCACCACCACAAACAACAAUUCUCAAAGUGCCACAGUGUAA